CUAGGUUUCGUCAACAAGUGUUGAGCCCCCAGGCCCGUGUGGCGUCGCCGCCGCCUGAGGGCGCUCGUUGCCAGCCAUGAGUGCGCGACUUCUUGGAUCACCGCCCGCGUAGACACGAGGGCACGCACAACACCAUAGUCGACUGAUGUGACGGUCCAGAGACUCAAGACGCGGGGACGCCAUGUCACGGCCUGCGAACAACGAGUUCAAGUACAAGGCUCCAGACCGGCAAAACCCUUUGAGUCUGCAGUGUCCGGCGUGCCUGGAGAAGCUUCAGGAUCCAAGGAUACUUCCUUGUUUGCACACGCUGUGUAGACGUUGCAUAGAAAGGCUCGCGAGGUAUCACAGGUGUUUCUUAUCUUGGAGAGUGAGCAGUGCUAGAGACGUCCCGACUCGAGCGUCUUGUCCCAGCGGCACACCAACGAGCAUGCACCCAGCUACCUCAAACUGCAAGAUGCAUGCAUCCGCACACUGCCAGAUAGACAGCACUGUCGAAGAAAGGGCGGCUGGUGUGAUUGUUUGUCCUGCGUGCCAGAAUGAAUGCACCGUGACGGCGACAGGAAACGAGUUCCCUGCAAAUGUUCUAGUCAGACGGUUCCUGCGCCCUGCUCCUGACCUACUUGGCAGCUGGCAGCGGGGUGCGCUAAAGCAAUACGUGCCCCGAGGCAAGCGUUCCUCGCUCAGUCACCUGAGCGCCAAGAGCAGAGCCGCCGUGAACAGGUGCAUCGGCUGCGUGCUGUCGUGUUGCACUAGGGUGCGACAACGUGACAACAGUGAGAAUCCACCCGGACGGUCGGCCGCACGCAGUAUGAAUGAUGCAGAAAACCAGACCACACAGUCAACGGCUUCACUGGAACCUCAAACUUGUUCCGAACAUCCGGCGUGCCAAAUCGAUACUUUCUGCCUGUCAUGCCACAAAGCCAUCUGCUCGUCGUGUUUGAUUAAAGACCAUCGUAAUCACGUCAGCAGUGAGUUAAGCGCUGCUCAAGAAAAGGAACUGAAGAGGACAGGUCUGCUUCUUACCAGGCUGCACUUGAAGAUGUCCAAUCUUGAAGACUCAGCAAGCGGAACCUUGAAGAAAAGUCAGGCUCUGUCCCGCAACGCUACCGAUGUGACACGCGAGGUGAACAACUUCUACGAUGGAUACGUAUGCGCUUUGGAAGCUCGCAGGCGCGAGCUGCUAGAUGAAAUAGCACGCUUCCAGAAAGAGCACCAGCAGACACUGCUCGAUCGUAGCAGCAACCUGGAGGCGGCGCUUGUGCGCGCCAAAAACGUGCAUGAGUUCGGUAAGACGCUGCUUCAUUUUGGACCUAAGAUGCCAGAGGUAGUGCUGCCGCUCGUAGAAGUGCUUGACAAAGCUGCCCGACCUAUCGUCGUGAUGGACGACAAAGAAGACAUCUUGGCGUAUCAGCCACUUUCUCUCAGGUUCAGAAAGGACAGAGAGGACCACAGGGAAGGAUACCUCGUGUAUGGUGCGGUGUCCAGCCAAGCCGACCCAUCGAUGGUGUCAGCAGUGUUGUCAUACGAAAAUACCACGGACAGUCAACACCUUGGUUCUUUGAAAGUCGUGCGCUUGAAGUUCCAGGAUCCCUCUGGACACCCAAUUGAUGUGGAACCAGAACAAGUUCGGGCAAUGCUUAUUUCAUCCAAGUCAGCAAGGACAACUGCAGCCGAAGUCACACGCGCCGAGGACGAUCCUUUGCAGCUGAGACUGAAGUUCGAAACGAGGAAUGCUGGCACACAUGCACUCGCAGUCACUCUGGACGACCAGCCCCUCCUGGGUAGUCCAUUUCUGUUCAGGGUGAAGUCGCGAAGGCCACGCUGUGAGGGGAACAGGCGUCUUGCUGUCCCUUCACCGGAGAUGAGUUCUGCUCGUCGCGCAAGUGAAAGCCAUCUCUCUCGGAGCCUGCGAAAACGUCAAUGCAUUCCAGAUGACCGUGAAAUUUAUGUUCCGCUGGAACAGACACCCUGGGACAGCUCCUCCAAGCCUCUUAUGCAGUGUAACCUGAAUGGAAGUGACAUCAUGACUGACGCUUCGUCGAGAUCGUCGCGCUUGUAUCAAUUCACCACGUGACUUCUGGAACCCA